AUUGCGCACAUCAUGUGUUCAGGGCGAGGGCAUAGAGUGUAUGUCCUCGUGCAAUACAUGAGCCAAACGUUUCUUUUAUCCGUAUACUUGCCAUAAUAACGCAUGGUUGGAAUUUACGACACAUGAAACGGAUAACUCGGAUAAUGUUAAAAUGUGAUCUUGGAUUUUGCCCUAACUGCUCGGGGGGCAGCGAACAACGCUGAUGACAGGUUUUUUGACAGUGCUCCUUUUUUGCAUUCGUUUAUUGGAGCGCAGGACAAAGAAAAGUGUGCGAUGGAUCUGUCUCUUCUGGGGUUUCCAUUACUAUCAACACCAGUGUCUGAACAUUGAGCUCUGGAAUUGCUUCAUAAUAUUGAGCUGCCUGAGUGCCACCGCACAUUUGCCCAUUGCUGGUGCUGCUGAAACACACGGGAUGACAAUACAUGACGUUAAAGAGCUUCAGUCGGAGUUGAAAAACUUGAAAAGUACCAUAGAAAAAUCAGAUGCCUGUUUGUAUGCUCCUACCAACGAUGACAUCUACAAUGACCACUGCAUCUUUAAGUUCAUGCACUGUUAUUUAUUGGAGUUGGAGGUUGUCCUGUUCGAGGACAUGUCGGUCACAGAUAACUACCAUGACGAAAUAAAAACAUCCAUCUACCAUCGGAAAAAACAUUUGGAAGAACAUGAACGCCAAUAUAACAGUUCUAGAUGCUCACCGUGUGAGGCACAGAGAGUUGCCAACUCCACAAUAUUCCUCUACAACCUGGAGCGCCUUUUGGAGAGAAUAGGGCAAACUGUCAGUUGAAUAUAUUGUAAAUAUGUGUUUAAAUUGUUUUUCAUAAAUAACGUAGCAAACAAUGUCAUGUGUGCGUUAUUCUACCUUUGGUCAUGAUAGUAUGUGAAGAAAUUAGCAGAGUGACAGCUAGUGCUCGUGUCCAAAUGUAUAUUACCUCUCAGUUCAAGUGUAAUUGUAACUAGCCGUUUAUAUUUUUGUAUAUAAUCAAAUAUAACUUUUACAUCUGUACUUUUGUCAUAUUUAUUGAAAUGCCUAUUUGGAGCUUUACAUGUUUUUGUUUCAUCAUCCAUGUCAUAUGCACACUAACUGUCACUAACUGUCACUAAUUGUCACUAACUAGUUUCCCUUGAGUUCUUGUCAGUAUGUCAAAAUUGCACAUCCUGAAUUAAAAUAAAAUCCCAGAAAACAU